AUGAGCAAGACCACCAUCCAACAUAUUAAAUGUGUCAUUGUAGGUGACGGAGCUGUCGGUAAGACCUGUCUCCUCUAUGUAUAUGCCAAGAAUCACUUCCCUGAAGAAUAUGUACCAACGGUGUUUGAUAACUACUCUGCAAACGUUAUGGUUGAUGGAAAGACCAUCAACUUGGGAUUGUGGGAUACUGCUGGUCAAGAAGAAUAUGAUCGUUUGCGUCCACUCUCCUACCCAGGAACCUCCGUCUUCCUCAUUUGCUUCUCUGUCGUGAAUCCAUCCAGCUACGAUAACGUUCGUUUGAAGUGGCAUCCAGAAGUCUCUCACCACUGCAAGAAUGUUCCAAUCAUUCUCGUUGGUACACAAGUUGACUUGAGAGAGAAUGAAAGUACCGUACAGAAAUUGCGUGAGAAGGGUAAACAACCACUCACUGCUGAUCAAGGAGAAAAGUUGAAGCAAGAAAUCAAAGCUUUGAAAUAUGUCGAGUGUUCCGCCAAGACACAACAAGGAGUGAAGGGAGUGUUUGAUGAGGCCAUUCGAGCAUUCUUGUUUAAACAAACUGAACCAGAGAAGAAACCUGCUGGCAAGUGUGAUUUGUUGUAA